GCCUGACGGCCGCUCGAGGUUCUCUCUCUCCUCUUUCAGUGUUCGUUCGAACACGGUCCGGUACGGUUCUGUGUCGCCCGGUGCGCGCGCGAGGAAGGAGAGAGUGUCCUGUUCGUGAUGGGAGCUCGCUGCUGCUACCGCGGUGGCAGGUCUCCCCGAUAGCCGCGAUCCUCCCCGAAGGUGGCAGGCGGAUGCCGCUGGCGCCUGGCCGUCACCGUGACACGCGCCGCCGGUUCCUCCCUUAACGGACGAGAGAACGGCCUUGGUUGUUGUUGUUGUCGCGCCGCCGCUCGCUCCGCGAUAGAGGAUCCGCCUCCCCGCUCGGUCCGGUCGGUCUCAGGUUCGUCGUCCUCUUCGUGGUACUGUUCGCGACACUCUACGUUCCGGGGAGCAAACGGGGCGAGCCGUGAAGUGUCAAGUGCUGAGACGCGCGUGUGUCAUCGAGACGAACAAAGAGAUCAGGUCGCUUGAUGGGGGAUCCUUUCUAGCCGAUCGCCUAGAAAUCGGCCGCAUCGUUCGGAUAAAAGAGUCUCUGCCCUGAUCUUCAACAGUGUCCGCUGACAGAGUCCCGAAGCAACCGGGGGACAAAGGUUUCCGCUCCAUCGGCCGACUGCUUGAUCGCUCGUCAGUUGGAGAGCAGUACGGGGAAGCGGCGCUAAGGAGGAUCCAGGUGUCAAGAUGUCGGGCAACUACUCGGUCCGCUGCGAGCCGGGCCUGGUAGUGCCGCUGUGGAGGCCGGAGGAGAACCUGUACCUAUCGGACGUGAUAAUCCGCGGCUCGGUGUACUUCUUCCUGCUGCUGUACCUGUUCAUCGGCGUGUCGAUCAUCAGCGACCGGUUCAUGGCCGCCAUCGAGGUGAUCACGUCGAAGGAGAAGGAGCUGGUGGUACGCCGGCAGGGCAAGGAGCCGCAGAUCGUGGUGGUCAGGGUGUGGAACGAGACGGUGGCGAACUUGACGUUAAUGGCGCUGGGCAGCAGCGCGCCGGAGAUCCUAUUGUCGAUCAUCGAGAUCUGGGCGAAGAACUUCCAGGCGGGCGAGCUGGGCCCGGGCACGAUCGUAGGCUCAGCCGCGUACAAUCUCUUCGUGAUCAUCUCGCUGUGCGUGUUCGUCAUACCGAACGGCGAGACCAGGAAGAUCAAGCACCUGCGGGUGUUCUUCGUCACGGCGACCUGGAGCAUCUUCGCUUACGUGUGGCUGUACCUGAUCUUGGCCGUCUCUAGCCCCGGGGUGUUAGAGGUCUGGGAAGGGGUCUUGACGUUCUCCUUCUUCCCAGCGACCGUGCUCACCGCGUACGUCGCCGACAGGAGGCUGCUGAUCUACAAGUACCUGCACAAAGGCUACCGGAUGAACAAGCGAGGCGUGAUCGUGCAGGCGGAGGCCGGGGACUCGGACGGCGGGGUGGAGCUCGAGAUCAAGCCGCAGCAGGACGGUUUCCACCACAGCAUGAUGGACGCGGACACGCCCGAGGCGAAGGAGUUCGAGCAGACCCGCAGGGACUACAUCAACACGCUCAGGGAGCUCAGGAAGAAGUUCCCUACCCAGCCCCUGGAGCAGCUCGAGGUGAUGGCGCACGAGGAGGUGCUGGGCAAGGGGCCUAAGAGCAGGGCCUUCUACAGGGUCCAGGCUACCAGGAAGAUGGUCGGCGCCGGCAACCUCAGCAAGAAGAUCAGCGAAAGGGCGCAGAGCGACCUCAGCGAGGUCAAGGCCGAGCUGCAGAGGCAGGAGGCCGAGAGCAUCGAUAUCGAGAACGUGAACGCUAUGAGGAUCUUCUUUGAACCUGGACACUACACCGUCAUGGAGAACGUUGGGACUUUCGAGGUUGGGGUUACCAGGGCCGGCGGCGAUCUCAGCAAGCCCUGCUCCGUGGAUUACUGCACCGAGGACGGGUCCGCCGAAGCCGGGUCCGAUUACAUCAGCGCGAAAGGCACUCUGACCUUCGACCCGGGCGAGACUAAGAAGACCAUCAAGCUCUCCGUUAUCGAUGACGAGCUGUUCGAGGAGGACGAGCACUUCUAUGUCAGGCUGAGCAACGCGACGCAGCCGGCCAUGCUGGUCUCCCCUAGCCUGGCCACAGUGAUGAUCCUCGACGACGAUCACAGCGGCGUGUUCGGGUUCCCCGAGAGGGACGUCGAGCUGGUGGAGAGCGUCGGCCAGUUCCCGUUGCGGGUUGUGAGGUACAGCGGCGCCAGGGGACGCGUCGUCGUCCCUUAUCGCACCGUCGAGGGAACCGCCAAGCCUGGCAGACAGUACCUGCACACCGAGGGAUCGCUCACCUUCGAGGACAACCAGACCGAGAAGGUGAUCAACCUGUCGAUCAUUGAGGAGGACUCGUACGAGAAGGACGCGCUGUUUUAUGUCGAAUUGGGCGAGCCGCAGCUGCAAGGAGGUGUUUUGGGAGGACGAUUAACCGAGGCAGGGAUCGCAGUCGCGGCGGAAAUGAAGCAACCUGAGAAUAGAACCGCCGAAGAGAAGAUGGCGCUCCUCGGUAAACCGAAGUUGGGCGAGGUGUUCCGCGCGCAGAUCAGGAUCAAAGAAUCGAAGGAGUUCAAGAACACCGUGGACAAGCUGGUCCAACGGGCGAACCAGUCGAUACUGCUCGGCACCAGCUCCUGGAAGGAGCAGUUCACGGAGGCGUUGACCGUCAGCGGCGGCGACGAGGACGACGAGGGCGCGGGCGAGCCGGCCGCGCCGUCCACCAUGGACUAUCUGAUGCACUCCGUCACGAUAUUCUGGAAGGUGCUAUUCGCGUUCGUCCCACCAACGGAUAUCGCCGGCGGUUACCUGUGCUUCGUGGUGAGCAUAUGCGGGAUCGGCGUGGUGACGGCGGUAAUCGGCGACGUGGCAUCCUACUUCGGGUGCACUCUGGGGAUCAAGGAUUCCGUCACCGCGGUGGCGUUCGUCGCGCUCGGCACCAGCAUCCCCGACACGUUCGCGAGCAAGGUGGCCGCCUGCCAGGACAAGUACGCCGAUGCGAGCGUGGGGAACGUGACCGGAAGUAACGCGGUGAACGUCUUCCUGGGGAUCGGCAUCGCGUGGAGCAUCGCAGCCAUUUACCAUGCCUGCCAUGGCGAGCGGUUCGAAGUGGAACCCGGCAACCUGGCGUUCUCCGUGACGCUGUUCUGCACGGAAGCCUGCCUGGUGAUCCUGGUGCUGCUGCUGAGGCGGACGAAGAGCAUCGGCGGUGAGCUGGGCGGGCCUUUUGUACCGAAGAUAGUUACAUCCAGCAUCCUUUUUUUCCUGUGGGUGUUCUACCUCGUGAUGUCGACCCUGGAGGCCUACGGCGUGAUCGAGGGCUUCUAAGGAGCCCGAGAGGCGCGAAACGUCGGCCUACCCGCUGCUGCGCGUAUAUCUUAACUCUUUGCGUCCGCCAAGGCGUGUGCUCAACGAAACGUUCUCUCGGACGAAAGGGAAGCGGAAUCGAAGGGGUGCGAUUCCCGCCGAGCGAACGGACCCUCCGCCCCCGCGCCGGAAGCACGUUCCGCCGCUGUUAGCUUCCACCCCCAUCCCCCGUAUCCGGGACGAAUCAACAACGAACGGGAUCGCGUGAGGACAGUGUGCGAGUGCGUGACUGCGUGUACAAUGAACAAUCUCUGUGAGCGAGCGAGCGAGCGAGCGAACGUGCGAACGAGCGAACGAACGAAAACGAGUGCCUGAGUGUUCCGAGUAUGAAUAUAUCGAGCGACUUACGGGGCGAAAUCACGGAGGGAGAAAUCGAAGAGGGAAAGGACGAAGAGGAUGAUGACGACGACGACGACGAACGGAAAAACGAGAGAAACGUGUGAGGAAGAACAGUGAGUUUGCCUUAACGUUAAUCCAACGGGUACACGAGUUACCGGAGGAAUCAAGUAGAUAAGGGGUUAAAACGCGAUCUAGUCUUGGGAGCCGUGCCUCGUACGUUCACGGCGGUUACCGAGUGAAAUCUGAAUAUAAAUAUAUUGAUAUAUUGAUAUAUAUAUUGUGUCGUUAUUAACCGUUUGAGUGCUGAGGAGCUAUAGCGCUCUCGCGUUGUGCCGAAAUUGCGGAGAGCGCGGAGGCGCUGUUUAUCAAUUAUAAUUUUCUUACUAUGUUUUUCAAGAAAUAAAUCGUACAUUUAUUUGAAUAUAUUUUUUGAUAUUUUUUUUGCAAUAACACUACAUUUGUGAUCUCAUUGGAUAACUUAUUUCUUUGCAUAGACUCGAUCACUUCCGCAUUUUUGGUGAAUAUCCACAAAAGUUGUUUAGCAUCCAAACGGUUAAGUAUUAAUGUAAUAUAUAAAAUAUAUUAAUAUAUUGAUAUAUGUAUAGAAGAUAUAUAAAUAUAUAUAUAUAUAUUGUGUUAACGUACAUGUGACACGUAUGUAGACGCGUACACGAACACAUGAACACACAUAAAUAGCGUAUUGUUUAUUCAGUCACACGAGGAACACAGGUUUCUAUGGUAUUUUAGUAGCGAACGAUGUUCAUUUUCUAUAAACGUGUAUUUACCGGUUGAGCUGUUCACAGCGAUCGAUCGAGUUCACGUUCAGAAUCUUUGUUAGAUUUUUCAUGAAUUCGAUUAGUGAUUUUCGUAGAUUAAAUGAGUUGAUAUUCAGUCACUGGAUUGUUUUUGUUCUGCGAAGUCGAAGUUUUUCGAACGACGACCUCUUCAGGUGGUAUACGAAUUUCAAUUUGUUUUAGAAGCCAGAGUGAUUGGAAUUCAUAAUUGAACGCGAGAAAUUUGAAGCGUGUACAAUGUUUCGUCGCUUCAUCGAUCGUGUCGUAUUGUUUGUUAUAUUGUAAUUUAGGUAAUGAUUCGAGUCAGAGGAUGUAACGAAUAGUAUCUACUAAAUAAUUUUGAUCGAAUUAAUAGGUUGUUCUUAAGAUCGAUUAAACGAUGAUUUUUCUAGUUCUCGUUCGGUGGACUUCAUCGAUUCGACAAAUGAACGGCUCAAUUAGGGGCCGAUCUUUUCCAUGGGCUUUGUCGUGGCUCUUCGAUGGUUUUCCGCGAUGCGGCGACCAUGCGUUGUCGGAAAAGGAGCCGGGCAAGGCCGAAUUUCAUCGGAUCGCGUCGAUAUUUGCAUCGCAAAGUCCGAGCGCCGCGAGUUUCGAACAGUGAACGAGUCGACGGGAAAUGUGCAAUCGACGCUGGAAUUUUUUCACGGAGACGGAGAAUUGAAAAAGAGAUCGGGCAUCGUAAAAAUCAGUCCGCGGGGAUUCCUUUGAAUCGCUUUCCAAGUAGUUCCGAGAAAGGGAAUCUUGUUUUGUGAAUACUGGGUCGUAAAAAGGGAUCCAGGAGUUUUAUGAACGAGGUUUAUGCGGAGAGGGAUGGGGAAGUUUAAUCGGGGGUGAGAUCGUUGCUUUCGACGGGGAAUUUACUUAUUCUUUAAUUGGGAGUUCGUAAGUGAAAUUUGAAAGAUCGAAAGAUUGAAAGUUUGAAAGUGUGACAAUUCGAAAAUUUUUAAACUUGGAAGCUUUAGAGUGUGAAAAUUUGGAAAUACGAAAAUUUGAAAUGUUGAACCUGUGAGAAUUUGAAAAUGUGAAGCUUUGAUUGAAGAUGAACCAAAAUUUGCAAGGUUGAAACAGAGAAUUUAAAAGAUUGAAAAUGUCGAAAUUCGAAAAUUUCAAAACUAGGAUGGUUGAAAGCGUAAAAAUUUGAAAAUAUGAAAUUUUGAUAGGUUGAACCAGUGAAAAUUAGAAAAUGUGAAACCUUGACAUGUUGAAAGUAUACAAAUUUCAAAGGUUGAAAGUGUGAACGUAUGAAAGUUUGAAAAUCUGAUCGGAAAAUUUGAAAGUUCGGAAGUUUGAAAAUUGAACAACUCAAAAACGUUUAACUUGAGAAGUUCGUCGACUCGGUCAUCCAUCGAAUCGCGGCGCGACGCUUUUGUUGUUUGUUGAAGGAUCGUUAGGAUAGCCCAAUGAACAUAAUUAAUUAGGAUCACGACUCGCAACCGUUGCAGGCGGCCUUCGCUCGAACGUCUAGGUUCUCAUCGGUGUACACUGCCUUUGAUCGAGGGUCGCGCUUAUCAAAAGUCGUUAGGGAAAUUCUAGGACGCACGUUGUGCGCGUGCAACACUGCAAAAAGGAGACAACUCUCGUUGCCACUGAAACAAGGAAUAUCGGUCUCAUAAUCAGAACCCUUACGCCGCGAAACAUCGAAUUUACGUGAACAUUCGGUACCCGAGUCUUGAAUGAGCUUUAAAUAACAUUAGGUUGUAAAAUAAACGAGUUCAACGUUCUUUCGAAAUGAAAUAUUCUUCUGCUGUAUCCAUUAACUAAUUACAAAAUCACGUUCAGUCAAUUGUCUAAUCUACAUUAUCGUUUACAAAGAUUUUCUACUUUUAAAAUCAAUUUCUCUUUCCGAACUGUAACGCUAUUUUCAAAGUGUAACGAUUCUCGAAAUUGAACACCGCAGCGAAUAGAAAAAUAUUCAUAGUUUCAACUUCUAUAUUCUACAGUCUAAUAUUUCUCUCGAAAACCGCAACUGCCCAAAGAAGUGAUUACAGCAGCGUAAGGGUUGAUCGACCGAUGCUCUAUCCCAACCACAGCAACAUGCGACGAUGUUACGCAAUCCAACCGAUUCGAUGUUGAAGAGAGUCACGGUAUGCGUCGCCGCGUAAAAAUGUUCUCAGUGAGAACCACAGAAUUCGAUGAAUCCCGCGAUUGGCAACAGCCAACCGACCCCACCGACACUGCAAAGGUUGUAGACCAUCAUCGAGUAGUUCUCUCCAUUGUUUUCGGCUGAGCCCCAAGGAUCAGGGGAUCGGUGGAUCUCCUCUCGACUUCUGGAGUCGAUUAACCCUAAAGAUCUAGGACCUAGGUGAUCCUUCGAACUAGGUACAAAAUAUCGAAGAUAUUCCUGGUGUUCAACCCUUCUGGUGCUAAAUAUACUCCCGAAGCACUGUGCAGGAAAACUUUGGAAGGAACAAUUGGAAAGCUUGAUUUGUUGGUUUAGAUUACAAGUGUAUCGGAAAACUGGAGAAAGAUUUUUUAAAUAGAAAUGAUAGUUCCUCGAGAUGAUUCUCAAAUCUAGGAAAGGGUCGAGAGAAAUUCUUUAUUGAUAUUUUAGUAUCUUUGAUAUCUACCGAUAUUAAAGUUAGCGUAAUAUCUUUGACGCCUUUAUUAACCCUUUGCACUCGAGAGGUGACCCUCAGUCACCGCUUGAUUUCAUACAGCAAAAGUAUAAAAUUGAAUAUUUAGUAUUUUAAAUGAAACUUUGUAUUGCUGUAGGAAAUAUUUAAAUAAAAUUACU